AUGGGUAAGGUGAAGAAAGCGGCGAAGAUUUCCAGGAAGAUGAAAACGCUUAGAAUGACAGACAGCAGGAUUAAGGAAGAAAACAGGAUUAUCCGCGAGAAGAAGGAGGAUGAACAAGCGCUCAAAAUAAAGCAUGCGCCGAAGAUCUCAUCAGCUAUGUUUCUUAAAUUCAACAAUCAACUCGGUCCACCAUUUCAUGUUCUUGUCGACACCAACUUUGUGAACUUUGCCGUAAAAAAUAGAUUGGAUGUUAUACAGGGAUUUCGUGAUUGUCUCUAUGCCCAUACCAUCCCCUACAUCACGGAUUGCGUAAUGGGUGAACUAGAAAAAGCUGGUCGACGAUUUAAAAUCGCUCUUAAGGUGAUAAAGGAUGCUAGAUUUCAACGCUUGAAAUGUGACCAUAAGGGUAUCUACGCAGAUGAUUGCCUUGUGCAGCGAGUUACUCAGCAUAAAUGCUAUAUUGUUGCUACUUGUGACCGUGAUUUGAAACGAAGGAUACGGAAAAUCCCCGGAGUUCCGAUUAUGUAUAUUCUUGGACAUAGAUUCUCCAUCGAACGAAUGCCAGACGCCUACGGUGCACCACAGAACUGA